AUGUCACGUGCGGCAACCACAGCUAAUACCUUGGCUUUCAGUAUACUCAUAAUCGUGGAUUCUCCAGACGCCCAGACUUGGUUUUCAGAGGAUGUUAUUCGCAAGAUCGAAGGAAAGAGUAUUAAUGAGUGGGAAUACAAUGAGCAUUUUCCGAAGCUGGUUGAGGUUGUAGCCGUCCUAGCUUGCUUGAUGAGGAGUUAUCGGGUUGAAGCUGUCAGGCUAGAGGGAGAGAGUGGGGAAGACUUAACGACCUGGUUGAUGAGUGUGGCCCGGCAUUGUGAUUUCCAGAUGUUAUUAAGGAUGAGGGAUGCGGACUGUGUUCGUUUAAGUAGGGUUAUUGUGCCUUGCAAGAAUCUAGUUACAGUCUAA